CGAAAUCACAAUCACAAUAAUGUGCGCGUACGAUGUCCCGCCGCGGUCCGCAUAAGCGCUCCUCAUCUCGAGUAGUACGCGACAACAACGAUAUACGUACCCACAGUGAGGCGCUCCCGCACCCACGACGGACGUGAAGCUAAGAGAAAGAGAGAGAGAGGGAGAGAACGCGAGUAGCACACGUCCGGUGUGCGCCCAUGCUCGCUAUAAAGGUCGACACCUUCCGCUCUCAUUUCCUGCCAAUACCUCCAUCUUCCCUGGACCCCGACGCGGCGCACGUGCUGUAUGGCGCUACAUACCAGAUAAUCGGUCAGCACAGAAGCAAAUCACGCCUCAGUCUUGUCCAGCAGCCGCUCGCCCUUCCAAGUUGCCGCCCCUCGAGACCUGCAAACGCACGAAAAAGACGUACUUAUCUGCUCGCGUAGAGAAGAUGCCGCUAUUUCGUCGGCGAUCUAUUCCCAAGGUGUCCAAGGCGGCACCGGCCUUGCCUGACCUCGCCUUGCCCGGGCUGGAGUCAGUAGCCGAUCUCAACGCUGCUUAUGGUAUGGCCGCGCCAGCCUCGACGGACUCUGAUCUUGCUCAAAUUGAUCGCAAUGCCAAGACGCAGCAGGCACUUCCGGCCUCGCUACCGAGCUCCCUUGCACAGACGCCUGCAGCUCGACAGACCCGGCAAGCUGAGCCGCAAAAGCCGAAGCUCCCGAGCGAUCAUUCUCCCUCAAAGACGUCAGCGGCUUCGAGGCUCGGCAAUUCCGCGAGUGUACCUCAGUACCAUCGUCCCUGGACCCGAGAGGGUGUUGUCGAUUAUGCAUCCUCGUCACCUCUUGCAGCGCCGAUCGCUAGCACCCCGCUUGCCAAAUCUACAAUCCCACCUACAGCGCAGCACAGACCUCCACCGAGCGCAUACAAGCCUACCCGCGCUUCGCCGGCAAGUGAACAGGACUUCCGCAACUCGCCAAACGCUGUUUCGCAGCAAAGCCCGCAAGCGAGACGUGCAGCCAUUGAGGCUGGAAGGCGCCGAUCGCUUCGCCGUAGCAAGGCGCCAACACCUCUCAACAUACUCGUUGCAGGCGCAGCGGGCACAGGAAAGACUAGCUGGAUUCGGACACUGAUCGCGAGCUGCGAAAAGGAAGGCAGCGUGCAGUCUUUGGAUCCUCAAUUGAUAGGUCAUGGACUCUCCACAAACCCAACGCACCGCACACGACUACACAACCCGCCGAUUCCCCUGCCAACGCGCACCGUCAUUAAUCUGCCCGCUUUUGAUCUUGCUUCCGAUGCCAUCCUGCCUUUGCCUGCAACACCUGGAUCUGGCAUGUCACGGGGCUCUCGUGGGCGCAGACCGACCAGCAUAGCAAGCACCGCUGCAGGCUUACCGACAAGCCGCAUUUUGGUCAGCAUCACAGACACACCAGGGCUCGACUUUGCUCCCACGAAGGAGUGGGAAACUGAGAGAAAAGUACGAAGUCUGCUGCGAGAGAUUGAGAGCCGCCUAAGUCGCACACUGGCAGAGGAGACCAAGAUCAGCAGAGCCGCUCAGUCUCUGGCCGAUAGCCACAUCGACUGCGUCAUCUACGUCAUUGAUCCUCUUUCAUUGAGCCGAUCAUAUGGUCCAAAGCUUGACUCGGCGCUAGCAAGAAAUGGCUCGGUAGCUGGCAGUGUAAGCGCAGAUUCCAAGCGCGAUGUGGCCAACGCGGCUGGUGGCAGCUACGAGAGUGCGGGUUACAAGCGUACGAAGAGCAUAUCAGAAGGCAUUGCUGCACGCGAUGCCAUCUUGUCAGGUUUGAGAAAGAGUGCGACCGUCGGUCGCGCUGCGGGGCAGGGACAAAGCCUCGCGUCAAUGGCCAAUGGCUCUCCUGAUCCUGCGUAUGCCUUAAGCGCGCGUCAGGCACGCAGUUCCGGAGGACUGGGCUCGCCUUUCGCAGAACACAAGGAGACUUUUCAGAAUGUCGGCGAGGACUCAGACGGCAUUGACGAAGAGGCAACGGCGGAGCGCGAGCUUGCACUGUCGCCAGCAGAAUUGAGAGCUAUAUCUAGGCUGGCAAAGCAUGCGACGAUUAUUCCCGUCAUCGGCAAAGCGGACCUACUCACAGCCACGGCCCUCGUCGAGGUGCGCGAAGCAGUCAGGUCGUCUUUGAUGCGGGCAGGCAUUGGCUUAGGCCCAUUCGAUAUCAGAGAAGAGUCUGAAGAGCAAGACGGCGGGGCCCUCGGUCCGGGGCAAGCCCGAACGAAUGGACACUCUCAUGACUCCGACGAGGACGAAGAGCGCGAUGGUACAAUUGCUCAAUCUGGCGAGGCUGCUCCGUCAAGCAGAGAUGCCCCUGUAAAGCGCAUUCGGAUUCGCUCCAGGCGCACGUACAGCAUCGCUGGUCAACGGACAUCUAUGGACUCGCAAUCGCCGGGCGAUGAACGAAGCGAGCCUGGUUCCCCGAUCGAGCUCAAACAGACUCCCCCGAUCUUCGACGACUUGCCCACAAAUGCUGCUCUAGGGACUUUGAGCGCGCAGCAGCUAGCAUCGAUCAUACCAUUCGCCAUCUUCGGUCCCGAGUCAGUUCCACUUCAACUACCAGCAGCUCUGCGCAGGGAGCCCAAUCCUGGAAGCUCCGCAAGCUUGAUGCGCCGACCUUCUGCGGGUACUUUGCGCAAAGCUCCUUUGCCUGCUGCCCUAGAUGAGGAAUUCAGCCUCAUCACGCCUUUGGACAGCGCUAUACCACGCACGCAGGAUGUGCCUCCUGUGCCGCCCCUGCCUGCCAAUCUGACAGGUGGCGCAUCACCGGGAAGUAACUCCACUGGGUCGCCAUUUGUGCGCGCCCGAGAAAGUUCGUCAGACUUGGCGAUCUCCUCGACCCCUGGCAUCGCCGAACGAAUGGGGACGACAAACGGAACCGGAGUGUCUGAAUUGGGACUACUCAAUCUCUCGGACGCUAGCGCCAGAUCUGCUACCGUUGGAAGAUCUUCAAUGCGCCCUUUGACGCAGACCGAGAUGACGAAACUCGCACGCCUCAAACGAGACGCUGAGAUUGGAGCCAUUCAGAGGGACACAGCCCCUCGUUUUGAGAGGUCUUACUUUUGGGGCGAUGCUAGUGUCUUAGAUCCGGUCCAUUCCGAUUUUUCUGCCAUGCGCUAUGCUUUGCUCUUCACACACCUCAAGACUCUAAAAGAAAGUUCACGUGCGCUCUACGAAGAACAUCGUGCUCGAGCUUUAGAAGCUCGCAGAGUGACUUUAUCUAUGCCUGCCAACGAGCAGAGACGACUCAUCACAUCCAUUGGAGCUCUUUGACUGCCACGUCAUCCGCCCGAACUUUUCUGUUGUUUUUGUAUCGCGUUCAGCGCUCCCAGUGUCGCACCGAGAUGCUUCUUUUCGCUCUUCGAAAAUCCCUAUUUUGCUGCUGGGUCGCCCCUUCUGUGCUAGUAUUAUCGCUGCUCGUGCUGCUGAAUCCGAAACUCGU